AAAGAAUAGAAAAAAAAAUAUAAAAAAUCAAUCUACCUGUUGCCUUGUUGGAAAAAGAAAGACGAAAGCAAAAGAAAUAGUUCGAAAUCGAUAAAGUUGUGGGAUUAAGAAUUUGAUAUCCCCUUAUUCGUUCGUUCUAGCGAAGAAGAAAAUCAACCCUAAAAUUCAAUUCAAUUAAAGGGUUUUCUACAAUUUCAAUGUCGAAUUCGCUCAGAGGCGGAUCCUUUUACGGCGAUGCUGCCCCUUUCCGAUCAAGAGAGGGACUUAGCACCAGAACCCCUGCUGCAUCCUCCGAUGAAAUUCAAUUGCGUAUUGAUCCUGUUGGUGAUUUCGAUGAUGAAAUUACCGGUCUUCGUGGUCAAGUUCGAAAAUUGAGAAAUGUUGCUGAAGAGAUAGGUACAGAAGUCAAGUCUCAAAAAGAUUUUCUGGAACAGCUGCAAAUGACAGUGGCAAAGGCUCAAGCUGGGGUGAAGAAUAAUCUAAGAAGAUUGAACAGGAGUAUCGUGCGAAAUGGUUCAAACCAUAUUGUUCAUGUGGUCCUUUUCGCAUUAAUAUGUUUCACUAUUGUGUAUCUUUGGUCUAAGAUGUCCAGAAAGUGAGGCUUUCCAGGAAUAUACUUCUCUCAGCAUUGUUGUUGAACCCAAGUCUUUCUUUGAAUGACUCACAAUGAUGCCUGAGUUUGUUGUAUAUAAAAGCUUUGUAAUUUUCUCUGUGUAACAGGUGGGUUUUGUGUGAAGAAAAAAGAUAAUAUGGUAUUUUGCAGUUUGCAAAGUCGUGCAUAUGUUACAUUUUCAUCUGGUGAGAUUCUCAUCAUUCAUAAAAAUGAGCAGGAUUCUAUAGAA